GGGUUCAGGCUGGUCGACGCAGAAGCGCACGCUAGAGCUGGCUGGCAGAGGCUCCGUGUGAUGGCGAGAGCUUUCCACACCAGCCCUCGACGUCCCUCCGCGCUCGCCGUGCUUGCCCACGCUCCCGUUGCCGUUCCCAGCGUGCGUUGCCGUCUGCAUCACCGCCCACGGAGCUUGCGCGCAGACGACACAGCACGCCCAGCAGACGUCGGAACACGGCGCCGCACCAGAUCCGCCGACGACUGCGCGCACCGCCAGGCCCAGCAUCUCAUCUGCAGCGCUGCGGGCCCCCGCCGAUGGUCGAGCGCCUGUCCGCACGCUGAGGCUUCGCUGAGGCUUCGCUGUUGAUGUUGCGCGCCCAUGGACGGCCACUUGCGCGAAAGAACAAUGGCAGGGCCCCAAGAAGGGGAGACAGCCUGCCGCUCGCCGACGCAAACACCAGCUGCUUUUAGCACAGGAGGACCGCCGCACCCACACCAGUCGCCCAGCGCCGUCCCCUUGCCGCACCAGCAACACACCCACCCGUCCCAGCACGCCCAGCACGCCCAGCACACCCAGCACACCCAGCACACUCAGCACACCCAGCACACCCAACACACCCAGCACACCCAACACAACCAACACACCCAUCACCCCCAUCACCCCCAUCACGCCUAUCACGCCCUCCACCGCUCGCCCGCCGCGCCGGUGCCCACCGAGCUGCCGUCCAUCAGCACCGCUCUCUACGCGGCCGGCACGCGCGACCGCAACGCAUACUACGACCCGACGCAGGACAAUGGGCCUGUAGCACGCGACGCCGCGCCGCCCCCGAGCCACUUCUCCCCGCCGACUCGAGACCCCCGAGACCCCCGAGACCCCCGAGACCCGCACGCCUACCCCGAGGCGCGUCCGGCACACAGCCCCUACGAGCGCCCGCAGCACUCGCCCGUCGCCCCGUACGCGCACCCGUCGCCCGCCAUGGACGCCGUCUCGCACUCGCACUCGCCCGUCUCGCCCUCGGUCUACCAGGCCAGGGCCCGCGGCCCUGCCCACCCGCCGCCGCAGCCCUACGCGAGCCGGGCGUCCAUCAAGGAGGAGGCGAGUGGAGCCCGCGUCGCUGACCUGGCACAGGCCCCGCCGCCGCCGCCGCCGCUGCCGCUGUCGCUGCCGACGCGCGCAGACCCCAUGUCGCUCUCCAGCAUCAUGUCCCCUGGCGCAGACAACGGGCCCGCCAAGCCCCCGCAGCCCGCGCCUGCCUACAGCUCCAAGGCACCGCUCUUGGUCAAGCAGGAGCGCCAACCGUCGCCGGCACCGCCUGACGUGCCCCACGCAAACGGCUACCGAGCAUACGAGGCCAUGCCGCCGCAGCCACGCGCGGCCCGCGAGCUCCCUCUGCCAGACGAGGCCGACGUGCAGGCCGAGCUUGCGGGCAUCGAGACCAAGCAGAUGAGCGAGCUCGACCCCGCUGGUGCGCCGCACGAGCGCGACGCGUACGCGCAGAACAGCAAGAAGCGGGCCCUGGAACUUGCAGCCGCAGAAGACGGCAAGCGCAAGCGUCGACGAGACGCGCACCUGCAAAAGUACGUCGACACCAUGAUUGCACAUCGCGACUAUGCCAAGCAGUCGUACAACCAGGAGCACGAGAGCGAGGCAUGGCAGCAAGUGCAGAGCCAGGAGAUUGCCGAAGAAAAGGAGCGCAAGAAAGACAUGCAGCGGAAGAGGCGGCGCGAGAAGACGCUCCAGAACGAGGAGGCCAAGCGCGCCGAAGCACUGGCCAAAGCCGGCCAGGCCGACAACGAGGAGGAGAAGGAGAGGCAUCUCAUGGCUGCGCAAAAGGCCGAGCGCAAGGCCAAGAACACAUCGCAGCUGCUGCAGGGCAACGCGCCGGCCAAGGACAUGCGCGACGUCACGCCCAACGGUCCCAACAUGGAGGGCGGCACGAUGAGCUCUUUCCAGACGUCUGACGAAGCCGGCGGGAAACGCAAAGGCGGUCGCAGCACAGGACGACUCAAGAAGAGCAAGGAGCAGAAGCAGGCCGAAAAGGACGCUGCUGCCGCUGGACAAGCUGCCAUUGACCGCGGCGACGACCUUCCUGCCAUUACACCGCGCGAGCAGGAGCGCCUCGGUCUGCUCGGGAGCCGCAGCCAGACUGAGGACCUCGGGCCCGUGGUGCUCACAUCCUAUGAUUCACAGGUAUACCGCAACAUCUACAACCAGAUCGUCAAGGACAUUGCUCGCAAAGACGUUCCCAAGGUCGUGCGCAUCAAGGAGAACUCGCUGUCUACCAAGCAAUCGAACCUUCGCAAGACGGCCCAGCUGGCGUCGAAAGAGGCCCGCAGGUGGCAGAUGCGCACAAACAAGAACACCAAAGACAUGCAGGCGCGAGCCAAGCGCGGUAUGCGAGAGAUGCUGGCGUACUGGAAGAGGAACGAGCGCGACGAGCGCGAAUCACGAAAGAACGCCGAGCGACAGGAGCUCGAGAGCGCAAAGAAGGCAGAGGCCGACCGCGAGGCCAAUCGGCAGAAGCGGAAGCUCAACUUCCUCAUCUCGCAGACGGAGCUCUACUCCCACUUCAUCGGCAAGAAGGCCAGGACGGCAGAGAUUGAGAGGUCGACCGACGACGCCGAGACUGCGGCGAGCGCACCCGCCGAGGAGCACGCAGGCAUCGACACCUCCAAGUUUGCCACGGCCGGAGGCGGCGCAAAGGUUACGAAUUUCGAGGAUCUCGACUUCGACAACGACGACGAGAGCGCCCUCCACGCUGCUGCCAUGGCCAAUGCUCAAAAUGCCAUCCAGGAGGCGCAGGACAAGGCCCGGGCCUUCAACAAGCCCGCGGACGGCGAAGAAGACGGCGAGCUGAACUUUCAGAAUCCCUCUGGUCUGCAGAACAGAGAAGACUGGAUACCCCAACCGGGCUUGCUCAAUUGCACGCUCAAGGAGUACCAGCUCAAGGGUCUUAACUGGCUGGUCAACCUGUACGAGCAGGGUAUCAACGGUAUCUUGGCCGACGAGAUGGGUCUUGGCAAGACGGUCCAGUCCAUCUCCGUCAUGGCGUACCUGGCUGAGCGCUACAACAUUUGGGGUCCUUUUCUUGUCAUUGCACCGGCUUCCACGCUGCACAACUGGCAACAGGAAAUCACGCGCUUUGUUCCAGAUCUCAAUGUCUUGCCAUACUGGGGUACAGCAAAGGACCGAAAGGUUCUGCGCAAGUUCUGGGACCGCAAGCACGUCACAUACGACCGAGACUCGCCAUUCCACGUUGUCGUCACCUCUUACCAGCUCGUCGUUCAGGACGCACAGUACUUCCAGAAGAUGCGCUGGCAGUACAUGAUCCUCGACGAAGCCCAGGCCAUCAAGUCCUCUCAGAGCUCGAGAUGGAAGAGCUUGCUUGCUUUCCACUCGCGAAAUCGUCUUCUGCUGACGGGCACACCGAUCCAGAACAACAUGCAGGAACUCUGGGCUUUGCUCCAUUUCAUCAUGCCGACCUUGUUCGACUCUCACGACGAGUUCAGCGAUUGGUUCUCCAAGGAUAUCGAAAGCCACGCACAGAGCAACACCAAGCUGAACGAGGAUCAGCUGAGACGUCUGCACAUGAUCCUCAAGCCCUUCAUGUUGAGGCGUGUCAAGAAGCACGUCCAGAAGGAAUUGGGAGACAAGAUCGAGCUGGAUGUCUUCUGCGACCUUACCUACCGACAGCGCGCUUACUACACCAACCUGCGAAACAAGAUCAGCAUCAUGGAUCUUAUCGAAAAGGCAGUGGGAGACGACCAGGACAGUGCGACGCUGAUGAACCUUGUCAUGCAGUUCAGAAAGGUCUGCAACCAUCCUGACCUGUUUGAGCGCGCCGAUACAUGGUCACCGUUCUUCUUCGGCACUUUUGCCGAGACUGGGUCCUUUUUACGCGAGGGCCGGACCGUGCGAGUAGCAUACUCGACGCGCAGUGCCAUCGAGUACACAUUGCCGCGGCUCGUGUGCCGCAACGGUGGAAGGCUCGACAUGGCUGGUUCGGAGAACCCCAAGGCUGGCUUCAACGCACACUGGCUGUACCACCGGCUCAACAUCUGGAGUCCAGACAACUUGGAGCAGUCGGCCCGAGAAGCUGGCGCCCAUUCGUGGCUUCGAUUCGCGGACCUGUCAGUCACUGAAGCCUCCAAGAUUGCCAAGAGCGACCUGUUCCAGCGGUCUCUCCAGCUUGGCGAGAAGCCAAACAAGGCUGCUCGUUUCAACAUGCUCUACGACGAUGAGAACGGUAGUUACACGCCAAAGCACUCGAUGCUGAACAUUGUCCGUCGACAGGACCGGACACCUCUGGCUGAGCUGAGUACCGAGGGCUACAUGCACAACCUGCUCAAUGUCACCCAACCUGCCUUUGAGGAGACGGGACUCCACAUUGUCGAGCGAUGUUCGAAGCCAGCCGCUGCGGCACCGCCAGUCGAGCUGUACUGCGCUAGCCAGGCCGUCAUUGCAGAGAAGCAGAACACCUUGUUCAACCCCUCGAUACGCUCCGCCUUGUUCGGCAUCUCGAGCACCGCUGAGCAGGCCGUGCUGGAGACCAAGGCGGAUGUCACAGCUUUGACGGUGCGCGACAGGUUGCCGCCUCCGACCAACGAAAGGACGAGGUUCACGCAUAUCGAGGCUCCUUCCAUGUCGCGCUUCGUCACCGACUCUGGAAAGCUCGCUCGUUUGGACGCUUUGCUGAAGGAGCUAAAGGCCAACGACCAUCGUGUGCUCCUCUACUUCCAGAUGACGAGGAUGAUUGACCUGAUGGAGGAGUACCUCACCUACCGCAACUACAAGUUCGUCCGCCUCGACGGAUCAACCAAGCUCGAGGACCGUCGAGACACUGUCGCCGAUUUCCAGAGCGACCCAUCCAUCUUUGUCUUCCUGUUGUCCACGCGUGCUGGUGGCCUCGGUAUCAACUUGACUUCGGCCGACACGGUCAUUUUCUACGACUCCGACUGGAACCCUACCAUCGACUCGCAAGCCAUGGAUCGUGCCCAUCGUCUCGGUCAGACCAGACAGGUCACCGUCUACCGUCUCAUCACUCGUGGUACCAUUGAAGAGCGCAUCCGCAAGCGUGCGCUGCAAAAGGAAGAAGUGCAGCGCGUCGUCAUCUCCGGAGGCGCUGGCGGCGCAGUCGACUUCAACACCCGCUCCCGGGAGAACCGCACCAAGGACAUGGCCAUGUGGCUCGUGGACGACGAACAAGCAGCCGAGAUUGAGAAGAAGGAGGCUGAACUUGCUGAGCAAGAGAAGAAUGCACCGCCAGGCAAGAAGCGCAAGAACAAGAAGCGCGUCGAGGCCAACUUGGACGAUAUGUACCACGAGGGUGAAGGCCACUUCGACCAGAGCGAGAAGCCCAGCGGGGCCGCAACACCAGUCCCCGGCACCGAGGACCCCGUUGGCGGCAAGAAGAAGAAGGGCCUCAGCAAGAAGGCGAAGACGGCCAAGCAGCGUCUCGCCGUCGCUGAUGGAGAGGUCUAGUCGCCAACGGCCUCCGCCUUGUACCACCACCAGAUUUUUUUUUCUCUCUCCCCAUCUCUUGCGACGGGGCUCUACGCGAUACAUUGGAACUUUCGCUUUGUUGGACGGGGUUGGUGCAUGUGUACACUACAUCGUCGAUGUGUGCCGGAGUCAGAGCCGGAGUUUGUUUGCCGGGACGGUGCGAGCGACAGUGGGUACAGCUCGGCACCUAGUGCAUGCUUGUUAGACGAGCACGAUUGAUUUAGACAACAUGUUUGCAUCCUCCCUCACCGCUCCUCGCCCAGUGAAGCCUC